GACUCCACCUCCUUUCAGUGACUCAGCAUAACAGGAAGUAGGAAGUGAUCACCAUUGCGCAUAUACUGCUGUCACAAGACCCCAGUUUUGAGUUUCAGGGUAAAACAGGAGCAGAGCCUCGGCAUGGCAGGCAGGCUCUUUCUCCCUGAGGUGGACCUCACCUGUCCCGUAUGCUGUGAAAUCUUCAGAGACCCGGUGGUCCUCAAGUGCAGCCACAGCUUCUGCGCAUCCUGUCUGCAGCAGUACUGGAAUCAACAGAGACGAAACCGAGACUGCCCUCUGUGCAGGACCCAGAGUCUGGAUGAUCCCGUGCCCAGUCUCACUCUAAAGAACCUGUGCGAAUCCUGUACGCAUGAGAGUGAGGAACCGGAGGAGGCAGUGGAGGAGCUGUAUGGUGAACCAGGGGAGUUGUGCCCUCAUCAUGGGGAGAAGCUUAAGCUGUAUUGCCUGUUGGAUAAGGAGCCUAUAUGUGUGGUUUGCCACACCUCAAGAAAACACAAGCAGCAUGAGUGCUGCCCUGUCAGCGAAGCGCUUGUGGAUGUGAAGGAGAAAAUGAAGUCUGCUCUAAGCUCGCUGCAGGAGAAGAGGGAGGCGUUUGACAAAAUUAAGAAGAACUAUGAAGACACAGUGGCCUACAUUCAGGUCCAAGUUCAGUUUGUGGAAAAGCGAACCCGUGAGGAGUUUGAAAAACUUCACAACUUCCUUCACGCCGAAGAGAAUGCCAGGAUGGAGGCGCUGAAGAGGGAGGAGGAGCAGAAAACUGAACAGAUGAAGCAGAAGGUUGAAGAAAUGGAAAGAAAAAUAGCCUCUGUGUCUGAAUCCAUCAGAGUUUUGGAGGAGGAGAUGGCUUCGGAGGGCAUCACUGUCCUUCAUAAAAGCAAGAUGACACUGUUAAGUAAUGACUGUCCGGUUGAAGAUCCAGUCAUGCCUCCAGGAGCGCUCAUAGAUGUGGCCAAAUAUGUCGGCUCUUUGAUGUUCCAUGUGUGGGAGAAGAUGCAUAAAAUUGCCAAAUACACUCCAGUCACUCUGGAUCCCAACACUGCUGCCCCGUGGCUCAUCCUGUCAGACGACCUCACCACCGUCUGUGACAGCGAUGAGAAGCAGAAGCUCCCAGACAACCCGGAGAGGUUCGACCCCGAUACCGGUGUGCUGGGCUCGGAGGGCUUCACCUCAGGCAGGCGUGCCUGGGAUGUGAAUGUGGGAGAUAAUACAGCGUGGGUUGUCGGCGUGGCUAAAGAAUCUGUCCAGAGGAAAGAGAAAGUGUCCUCAGUGCUGAAAAAUGGCUACCUGUGUGUGUACUUCUACCACAAGAUGUACUUUGCAGGUACCUCUCCUUUAACGCGACUAAACUUGAAAAGGAACCCUCAGAAGAUCAGAGUGCAACUGGACUGUGACAAGGGCAAGGUUUCUUUCUAUGACCCGCAUAACAACGCCCUCAUCUACUCCUUCAAGCAGGCCAUCACUGAGAAAGUCUUUCCUUACUUCUGGGUGGGUUGUCAGCAGUGUCCUUUGACGGUUGAACCAUGGGAAGUUCUCCUGAGUGUAGCUGAAAGUGCAACUUAACUACUCUGUGACUCGUCUGACCUCCUUUUUCGGUGCGGGAGUUCUUUUUCCUCUUCUCAGUUUAAAACUCAAUGAAAUCAUUCAUCCACGAGCUUCUAAUUCAGUGACUGGUAACGUGAAGUUCUGCAUUUCUUGCACUAUUAAUUUAGAAAGUGUUCAUUAUUAUCAGCAGAUGCAUUAUGAUGUAAAAAACAGUAAAGGUGAAUUGUAUGUGUGCAAGCUUGGAAAAAAAUGAUUAUGCAUGUGAAACUCUAAACAUUCCUCCCUUAUUUGGGGCCCAGAUGUAUGGGAAACAUCAAAUGUGCUUUAUGUGCAAAUAAUACUCAUAAUUUAAAGUGCUAAUUUACAAAUAAAAUAUUUGAAAGUA